AGUGAGCUCAUUUUGCUACCUGGUUACAGUCAUGUCUUUGCCCAUUUCAGAACUUUGAAACCCUUUUAGUAUACUUUUUUUUUUUGUGACACAUAGUGGUUCUUGAACAGGGUUUUGCAGAUUUGCUACAGGAACCAGGUUUUUUGCUUGUGAUAAAAGGAGACAAAGUUAAGUGUUUUAGUUGAGGACUGCUAGAGUAUAAGUAUUUAAUUGUCUAAAAUGAUGAAUGCUUUUAUAACCUGCCUUGCUGCUUGUCUGUUGCACAUGGUGAGCAGUACACCAACCUCCAUUUCUUGGUGCUAUCAUAAGCCUUCAUGUAGUGAUGUCGCUUGGCCCAUAAUUGCAGAAAAAUACUGUAAUGGCACUCGACAGUCUCCAGUAGACAUUGUAACCACUAAUGUGCAGGCUAAUACUAAUCUGACCGCUUUCACCUUCACUGGCUACAAUGACAAUGCAACCUUAACUGAGAUUAAAAACACUGGCACAACGAUUCAAGUUACACUUGAUCACAAGAAAAUGCAUGUGGAAGGAGGAGAUCUGCCAGGCUUGUUUGCAAGUACGGAGUUCCAUCUUCACUGGGGUAAUGGCAGCACCACACCUGGAUCUGAACAUAGUGUGAAUGGCAAACGAUACCCUAUGGAGUUGCAUAUUGUGAAUAAGGCUGAACGCAAUGGCAGUGUGCCCAGUGAUUCAAUAUUGGCAGCUCUUGGUAUCUUCAUUGAGGCCUCUAAUGACACUGGGAAACCAGAGAGCUGGAAGACCUUAACGUCUUAUCUUGCAAAAAUUGCCAGUGCAGAGGAUAAAACACGUGUUUCCAACAAGCUCACCAUGGAUGAUCUGCUUUCUGGAGUGGACCGGACUAAGUAUUACCGUUAUCUUGGGUCUUUGACCACACCAAACUGCGAUGAAGGUGUGAUCUGGACCAUCUUUAAAGACCCCAUUAAAGUCAGCCGAGAUUUGAUUGACCUCUUCACUACGACUGUCUACAUCAACAAAACCUCCAAUUCUCCUCUAAUGACCAACACGUUCAGGGGUGUUCAGCCCAUCAAUGGCAGGAUUGUGAUGUCACAGAUAGCAGAUACCAAAAUUACUGGCCUCAUAAAGCCAACAUCAGGUACCAAAACUACCAGCCUUAUAAAGCCAACAUCAGGUACCAAAACUACCAGCCUUAUAAAGCCAACAUCAGGUACCAAAACUACCAGCCUUAUAAAGCCAACAUCAGGUACCAAAACUACAAGCCUUAUAAAGCCAACAUCAGGUACCAAAACUACCGGCCUUAUAAAGCCAAAAUGGGGUAUGAAAACUACUAGAAUUCUAAAGCCAACGUCAACUGCAACAAACCUAUCCCAGGCCUUCAUUUUUCCUUUUCUGAGUGUCAUACUCCUGUACUGCAUUCUACCUUUGUAAACUGGUUCACAAAAUGCUGAGAUUAAGAAUGCUUUGUGAUUGUAAAAUAUUAAAUUUAAUGUUCUAGAUUGUUUAAAAAAAAAAAAGCAUCAGCAAUGUCAAGUAACUUUGCUAAUGUAAGUUUUUAACGGAUUUAAUGUUCUCAAGGUUUAAUUUCAUUGUAGAAGUGUUUGCUUUGUUUUUGGCUAGUUUUCUUGUUCUCGGCUUGUUUCCUGCAACUGUUUAAUAUGAAACUGCCUUCCAGGUUGUGCACUAAAGGUCUUAUUUGGUUGCAGUGCUGUGUAUGUUUUAUAGGGUGUUAACUGUUUGACUUGCAUGCACAGCUUUGAAAAAUAUUUGAGCUGCUUGUAGGUUUUUUUUUUUUUUUUCAUAAAUGCACUUAUUGUAACAUGACUUUAGUGUCUGCUUUACAGAUUUAAACAGAAUGUUUCUUUUGAACUGAAUAUAGGCAACAUGCUGAGGGCAGAGGACAUGUCACUGAUUCAACUAUUUAGUUUUAGAAAGUUUAAUCCGUUUUCUCUUGAAAAGUGAAACCGUAUCUAGUGCUUGUUGUGAUUUUUGUAUCUCACUUGAAUUUUGGCUUGUAGGUUCCCAUAGGUGUCACUGUAAAUGCUGGGUUUGUUAAUCAGUGCGUACAAGGUGUCCUUGACUGCUAUGCAAACAUGUGAAUGUGUGUUUUAAAAAACGCUUCAGUACGAAGCAUUCAACUGGCCACUUUUUUUUUUUUUAAUUGCAUCUGUUCUAAGCUGAAUUCAUUAAAGUUUAUUAAAAAUG